AGUAAAAGGUUGUGGCUUUCGGUUUUGGACUUUUCACGUAUUUUAUAAUAACAACUUUGUGGUCUUUUGAUAAUGAAUAUUAUACAAUUUAUGAAUAUAAACGUAAUCGGUUUGAUUAUGACAUUGAUAACCGUACAAGGAUAUGGUUAUCGUAGCUACGAUAUGACUAGUAAUAAGAAAACAAAAUGCCUAAAUCCUCCCCGUACCGCUAGAAGAGUUGAGAAUUUCAUUAAAGAAUGCCAAGAGGAGGUUAAAAAUAAAUUAGUUUUGGAGGCCUUUCGCAUACUCAAACAAGAGGUCCAUAAAACUCAUCCUCCCAUCAAUCCCAAUGAUGAUAGUAUUGAUCUAAUAGAAACUGUAGAAACACCAGCAGCAACUCAUUCGGAAACAUGGACAGAAUCGUUGCCACCAUCAUCACCACCAUCACAUCCAAGUGAAGAACAUAUUGUUACUCAUAUUAGAGAUGGUGAUGAUGAUGUAAUCGUAGAAGAUGAUGGUGAUCGUUAUGAGUAUUUUAUUGAAGAGGAUACAUCAAACUCUCAACGUCGCAUGAUUCGUUUAUUGAGACGUAUAAGUCGUGUGGGUGAUAUUUCAAAUGGUAUUUAUCAUCCCACAUUAGUGCCAUCGGAGGAUAAGCGGAUUGCGGGGUGUCUAUUGCAUUGUGUUUAUGCCAAAAAUAAUGCCAUUGAUAAAAAAGGUUGGCCUACUUUAGACGGUUUAGUUGAUUUCUAUUCAGGUGGCGUUAAUGAGCAUGGAUUUUUUAUGGCCACUCUAAGAUCGGUGAAUCUAUGUUUGCGUGCUGUGACCAAUAAGUAUCAUGUGGAUCGUAGAAAAUUGCCCGAAAAAGGACAAAGUUGUGAUUUGGCUUUUGAUGUCUUUGAUUGUAUAUCCGAUCAAAUAACCGGUUAUUGUUUGGAUCAAUAUAAAUCUUAAUCGGUUGCUUAUUAAUAUUUUUAUUUAUUCUUUUAAAUUGUUAGUAUAAAUAAUAAAAAGAAAACUGUUACAAAAACUCUGUUUUGUUUGAUUUUAAAAAUUGAAUAUUACUUUUCUAUUAUUUUCUCCAUGGCUAAAUGAAAUCACGAACAUCAUCAUUUGUCUGUCUAUCAGUCAGUGAGUUAUUCAGUUAGUAUGUUAAUACAGUUAAAAGCCUAAUUUUCUUUACGUUCUUUUUAGCCACAGUUUCUUGCGUUAUUAUUAUUCAAAAUAAUUUAAAAUCUAAGUCAAGUAAAUUAAAUUUUAUUGCUGCUUUUGUUUUUCUUCAGUUUGUGGAAAAUAAUUUUAUACUUCCUCAACCACAACAUAGCUCAGCACUGUAAAACAACAACAACAGUCUAGGUCAGUGUCUUCAAAAUGCAAUAAAACUGUGUUCACUUAAACUUAA